CCUUCGAAAAACGGUUAGGAUUGUUUGUUUGUGAUAAAUGCAUCCAACUAUCAUACUAAUUUGGUGUAUUUAAUGGAGGACGACAGGUUUCAAUGGACGAAGGAGUAAUGAUAUUGGUCGGAUCCUGGGAAUGCAAAGAAAGUGGUGAGUGGCGAUUCAAGAUGUCAGCAAAGAAAUAUGCAAAGUGUGUAGAUGUAGGAGAAGGAGACACAAUUAGUGAUGUUGAACAGAAAAUUGCUACAGCAUUUGGAGUAGACAGGAAAAGGACAAAAUUGGAGCUGAGUUUUUGGUUCGAAGGAGGAGACACUGUCUUCACGCAACAAAAGAUGCCGCCUGUCUCUGUUGAUAGCGAGAGUUCAUUGUCGAAGUUCAAAAAGAUAAGGGUAGAUAAAGGAGGUAUGAACAUGUAUCUAACUUUAGUAGAAGACGAUGGAGAGUGUGCAAACACCGGGGGACAACACGCAAUCAGCGGACCAGAUUCGAAUGCUGACGGGGACAACACAGAGGUGGGGGCGGGUGACAUGGAAAGAGAGUGCAUAGGUGCAGGUGAAAGCACACAGUUUAUCCCAGUUACUUUUGAGGAAGAGGAAUUUUUGGCUGACAUAUAUGAGUUUGAAGAGUCUUUUAAGAGGAAGAAAGCUUCGCUUGACAAGGAAAAUGCAAAGAAGCGCCGAGAAGAGGAACUAGUUGGAGAAUUGGAUACGGGUAGCGAUGGCGGGAGAUGGGAAUCCGACUCAGAAGAUUCCGGAGACUAUGACUUUGACGCCAUGAGUAAGUUGAUAGAAACAGAGUACCCGCCGGAUUGGGAUCCUUGGAAGACUUCGAAGGAGAAAACUAUAACGACUGAAGACGCAAGAGUGUGGGGACAGGUGGAUGACAAUGCGGUGGAGGACCAGGGCGAAUAUUUAAUGAGUGGAGAAUCGGGGCCCCAGCUAGUUGAAGUUGAGGUUGCUGAGAUGGGCGGAAGAGAAAGGGGAACACCAGGUUGUAGUGCUGGGGCGGGAAGUGUAGAAAUGUCAAUCCAAAUGGGGCAAAUAAGAAUGAGGCAAAUAGGGGCAAAUACGCAGGGGACAGAAACGUCGGAUAGUUUAAUUCCUUCUUGGGAAAGUAGUUGUGGGAGAAGGAAUACAGGCAGUGGACGAACUCAGACUGAGUUAGGGCUAGUGGACGUUUCGGUUACAGCGUUGCCAAGAAGAGAAGAUGCUUCAGCUUUUGAUGACGUAGAAGGACAAGGAAAUACAGAGGAGGGCUUGGGUGGUAGGGCUGGAGAGGAUAGUCCAGAGAUGUCACCCGAAAUGGGCCAGAGAAUAAGGAGAGAUAGAGAGACAAGUUCGCAAAGGACAGAAACGUUUAAUACUGACUAUGGCAGGACCACAUGGGACACGACUGGACGAAAUCAGAUGCUUCUGGAAGGAAGACCAGAUGCUUCAGCUUUUGUUGAGGGAGAACGAGAAGGAAAUUUAGAGGAGGAGGUCAUGGGUUGUAGUGGUGAAGAGGAAAGUGCAGAAAUGUCAUUCCAAAUGGGGCAAACAAGUUCGCAACUUACAUUGGGGGAAAACAUGUUUACUGAACUAGUGGGGGACGAUCUUGAGAUGAUUAGAGAUGCCGCACCAUUCAAGGACAACGCAAAAGGAGUUGCUCAAGACACAGCAAACAUGAAUCUUAGGAAGGCGGGCGAUUCAAUAUAUAUUGGAAGGAUAUUCAAGAACAAAGCCGAGUUGCAUAGGGCGUUGUGUGUGUACUCUAUUAAAAGGCUAUUCAAUUUCCGAAUAAAAGCUUCAGACAAAAUGCGGGUAAUUGCGAUAUGCCAUGAUUCCAAAUGUCACUGGAGAAUAUAUGCAACGUUUCACGAGAACUCAGAGAAUGUGGAAAUUCGAACAGCAACUCUGAAACAUAGUUGUGAUGUGAAAUCGCGGUCUAAGUACGGGAUGAAAGCAACACAAUCGAUUCUAGGUGAUUUGCUAAAAGCAAAAUAUGCGCAUGGGAAGAAGGGACCGAGGGCUUGUGAACUACCAGAGAUAGUAUUGGCCGAGCUAAACGUAACGAUAUCAUACAUGAAAGCUUGGCACGCGAAAGAGAUGGCAAUGAAAAGAGCUCGUGCAAGUGAAUGGAUUUAUCAAGUGAACGACGGUUUUGGGAUCGUUUUCACGGUGGAUCUACAGAAGAAGACAUGUACUUGCAGGGUAUUUGAUGUGCUAAUGGUGCCGUGUUGCCACGCUUUGGCUGCGGUGGGGAUAAGGAACGUGGACAUAUACUCGCUGGUCGGGAACUAUGCAUUCGUGACGGAGUGGCGUAAGCUAUGGCGUGAGCAUAUUCUACCUCCGCCAAAGGAAAAGGACACCGAGGUCCCGAACACUAUUAGUGAGGUGGUUGUGAUUCCACCAAAACAAGAAGACCAGGCGGAAGACCUAGGACAGUACGUAUACCAUCGCAGGGAGAGCAACAAGGUGCAAGUUGGAAAAAGAAGAAACCAAACAAAUGCACUACGUGUGGACAGGAUGGCCACAAUAGAGCAACUUGCAAAAAUCCUCUCUAAGGUUGCGGGUUAGAAGCCAUUCCCGGAUUUUUUUUGGUUUUGUACUAUGGAUUGUUAACGGAAAUUAGUUGUUGGUCCAUAUGGUGAUAAAUGGCAUAUUUUGGU